UACUGUUAGUAAAGGUCGGAUUAGAGAAGUCCUCCUCCACUGAGACGAAGAUAUCCACUUUUAAUCUACAAUCUUUUUCAAAACUGGUGCCUACAUUACCCAGAAUGCUCCUCUUCAGAAUAUUGGUUAUUUUCUUCUGAAGUUGACAUGAACGGCUCCUCACUUUGUAUUUAUCUGACAGCUGGAGAUUUUUAAUACGUUCUUUCAUGCUGUGUUGGUGUGUUCUCAGGACCUUUAAAAUAAUGGAUGAUGAUAAAAAUCGCUCUCUGGACUUGAAGGAGUUUCUGAAAGGUUUGAACGAUUAUGGGAUCCUGAUCGAGAAACAGGAAGCAGCGGAUAUCUUUCAGCGCUUCGAUCACGACGGGAACGGGACCAUCGACUUUGACGAGUUCCUCAUCACCCUGAGGCCGCAGAUGUCUAAAGCCAGGAAGGAGGUGGUCAUGCAGGCGUUUCGGAAGCUGGAUAAGACGGGAGACGGCGUGAUCACCAUCGAAGACCUGAGGGGGGUUUAUAACGCCAAGUACCACCCCAAGUAUCAGAACGGGGAGUGGACGGAGGAUCAGGUGUUCAGGAAGUUCUUGGACAGCUUCGACUCGCCGUGCGACAAAGACGGAAAGGUGACCAAAGAGGAGUUCAUCAACUAUUACUGCGGAGUCAGCGCCUCCAUCGACAACGACGUCUACUUCAUCCUCAUGAUGAGAAACGCCUGGAAGCUUUGAGUCUGAUUAGACCUGUCCUACUUGCCCAACCACUCCUACCUGUCCUACCUGUCCUACCUGUCCUACCUAUCCUACCUGUCCUACCUAUCCUACCUGUCCUACCUGUCCUACCUGUCCUACCUAUACUACCUGUCAUACCUGUCCUGUAAUAAUGAGUAUGAUUUUAUAAUCCACAUUGUUUUGCUUGAUGUCAGGCUUUUGUCUUUAUGUUGUAACUUUUUGUGCUUUUAGUUAAAAGUUUAACAUUUUUAAGAGAUUUUGAACAUUUGUGAUUUUAAUGUUAGAAAUAUUUUUAUUCUACAUGUCUCUGAAGGUAAACACAAGGGGGCAUUAUGACUUUAUAACAUGUUUUUAUUGAUAUGCAUAAAACCACAGACUGUUAAAGUAAAAAGAUUUGUACAUUGGUUAUAUUUUAGAAUAUGUUGUAACAAUAACUGAGAUUAGAGCCACAUUAAAAAGAUACUUUGUGAACAAAGUCGUAACGCUACAAGAAUAACUGUAAGAUAAAAGCUGAAUCACCUGAAUAGUUGCAAAAAAUUAAGAUGUACUAUUUUAGAAAAGCCUUUUAUAUUUAGGCUCUUUUCUCCAACUUGAUCUCCUAAUAUGACGACUUUAUUCUGAAAUACAACACCUUAUAAGGUCUUCAUCCCUAAACUCUCAGGUAAUGUGCCCUUUGCUCUGUGCUGUGCAGCAGGUACAAUCAGACUUUAAAGUUUCUGAUAUCUUAUAAAAGUUCAUUCUGACCAUUUCAGUCUGCGCAGAAAUAAAAAUCGAGGUGCAUGUU